GCACCGGGUGACAGCCCGGAAGCAGCGGAAGCGGCUGAGGGAAACGCGGCCAUCGGCCCCGGAGGGCGGUGCGGUGGUGCAGGAGCCUGCGUCCGCUCCGGGCGCCCUGCGGGGCCCUCAUGCGGCUCCCUCGCUGACACCUGAAAUCCGCCGCACGCGGUCCUCCUGGAGACCGCUGGGUCGCCCCGCCUGCCGCCCUUGGCGGUUGAAAUCGUGGUGCGGAACCGCGGCCGCCGCCCAUGGAGAAGGCCGGGCGGGGCGGUACUGGCUCCUCGCGGGGGCCCGUACUCCACAUCGUGGUGGUCGGCUUUCAUCACAAGAAGGGCUGCCAGGUUGAAUUCUCUUACCCGCCCCUGAUUCCAGGAGACAGACAUGACAGUCACACUUUACCUGAAGAAUGGAAGUAUUUGCCCUUCCUUGCCUUACCGGAUGGCGCACACAACUACCAGGAAGAUACUGUGUUUUUUCACUUGCCACCCAGAAACGGAAAUGGAGCCACAGUAUAUGGAAUCUCUUGCUAUCGACAAAUUGAAGCCAAGGCAUUGAAAGUACGGCAAGCAGAUAUCACCAGAGAGACCGUUCAGAAAAGUGUCUGUGUUCUAAGCAAGCUGCCUCUUUAUGGCUUACUUCAAGCAAAACUUCAACUCAUUACUCACGCAUAUUUUGAAGAGAAGGAUUUUUCCCAAAUUUCCAUUCUUAAGGAGCUUUAUGAACAUAUGAAUAGUUCCUUGGGAGGAAUUUCAUUAGAAGGAUCCCAAGUAUAUCUUGGUCUGUCUCCUCGAGAUCUUGUGCUUCAUUUUCGACACAAGGUCUUAAUCCUGUUUAAACUAAUUCUUCUUGAAAAAAAGGUUCUCUUUUAUAUUUCUCCAGUAAACAAAUUGGUGGGCUCACUGAUGACUGUCUUGUCCCUUUUUCCAGGCAUGAUUGAGCAUGGUCUCAGUGACUCUUCUCAGUACAGACCCCGAAAGAGUAUGUCUGAAGAUGCUGGACUUGAAGAAAGCAAUCCCCCUGUAGAUGAUUUUGUUUCUGUGUCUGCUCCUGACAUUUCAAAUACUGACUUGGGAAUGGUCAAGAAAAUCAUGACAGGAAACCAUGGAGAAGAUUCUGCCAUCAAGACUGAAGAACCUUUGUUCCAAGUAGAAGAUGAGAGCAGCAAAGGACAGGAAUCCAAUGAUACCAAUCAAUAUUUGAAACCUCCUUCUCGCCCAUCUCCAGAGUCUUCAGAAAGUGACUGGGAGACCUUGGAUCCUAGUAUCUUAGAGGACCCCACAUUGAAAGAAAGAGAACAGGUGGGGUCAGAACAGACAGACUCAUUACUGAAGGAAUCUGUGCCCUCAGACAGUCCUCCGAUUACAGUACAACCUCAAGCUAACACAGGCCAGGUGGUCCUGAUACCAGGGCUGAUUUCCGGCUUGGAAGAGGACCAGUAUGGCAUGCCCCUGGCCAUCUUCACAAAGGGAUAUCUGUGUUUGCCUUACAUGGCGUUGCAGCAGCAUCAUCUUCUCUCUGAUGUCACUGUUCGGGGAUUCGUUGCUGGAGCUACUAACAUCCUUUUUCGACAACAGAAACACCUCAGUGAUGCCAUUGUGGAAGUAGAAGAAGCUCUGAUCCAGAUCCAUGAUCCAGACCUCAGGAAGCUGCUGAAUCCAACCACUGCAGACCUGAGGUUUGCAGAUUACCUGGUGAGGCACGUGACUGAGAACCGGGAUGAUGUCUUCUUGGAUGGCACAGGCUGGGAAGGAGGUGACGAAUGGAUCCGAGCCCAGUUUGCAGUCUACAUCCACGCGCUCCUGGCUGCCACACUACAGCUAGAUAAUGAAAAGAUAUUAUCGGACUAUGGGACAACCUUUGUUACAGCAUGGAAGAAUACUCACAACUACCGGGUCUGGAACAGCAACAAGCAUCCAGCACUUGCAGAAAUAAAUCCAAACCAUCCUUUUCAAGGCCAAUACUCAGUGUCAGACAUGAAGUUAAGAUUCUCACAUUCUGUUCAAAACAGUGAACGUGGCAAAAAAAUUGGAAACGUCAUGGUCACAACUAGCCGUAAUGUUGUACAAACAGGAAAAGCUGUUGGCCAGUCAGUUGGAGGAGCUUUCUCCAGUGCCAAGACAGCUAUGUCUUCGUGGCUUUCUGCUUUCACCAGUUCCACCCCUCAGAGUCUCACUGAGCCAUCCGACGGGAAGCCCUGAGCACGGCAUCCAGUGGCUGCUGUUGCUUUCUUAGGUUUAAGUGUUCCCUGUCUGUCUGCUGCUCCCAGACUGUUCCUCUCUGUCGGCCACAGGUCCACAGCAGGGUACUGAUUCGUCGAACUGUUUACAUGGACGGUUGCCCUCUGUCUAAAUGAAUGUCGCAGGAUGCAGAAAAAUGAAAUCACAACCAAUGCAGGGAUGGCUUUCCAGGUUGGGGUUUAAAUUGACUACUUUUAUUUCAGUCUGAGCCUGAUUAAAACACACAGUGAACCUUCAAUGAAUUUGAGUUCUGAUACACAUUUGUUUGCUUUAGAGUUUUUACUUUUGUAAAUUUUGUCCUGUUUUGAUGUUUGAAUAUCCAGAUGGUCACUGUAAAUUAUAUGUGCUAAAAUUAAGUUAUAUUGCUAUUUUAAUUUCUCUAAAGUUGGCCCUAAAAUGUGCUUAAAAAGUUAAAGGGCCAUGCAGUCCAGCCCUUUGUUAUUUUUUUGCUGAGUUAUAUGAUGAUUUUUUUUUGUUUGUUGCUUUUGUACCCCAAAAUAGAUUUAUCAAUUCACUUCCACCUGGAAACGUGAAAGAGGUGGUAGUUCUGAGUAUGGAGUGUUUUGUUUCAUGUUUUUAAUUUGUUCUUUCCCUGUCCUAAACACUUGCUUUGAGAUGUCAAAGAGUGUCACUCUGCUUUCUUCUCUUCUUUCUCUUAGGUGUGCAGAGAACUAGCAUAGUGACGAUGACAGCGGUAUAGCAGUGUUUGAGCAGCUUAGCCUGAAUGUAUAUUUAGGGCAAGACUUUAAAAGACUUCGGUGUUAGUUCUGGCAGCUCUAGUCACGUUGCAGUCUUUUACAAGGAUUUUUUUUAACCCACAGUUUGUGCCUUCUGUUGCUUCGUUUGAACAGUUUUCCAUUGGGUGUUUACAGGCCUACAGGUUUUUUUCUUAGUCUUACUCUUCAUAAAGCUCUUUAAGGCUCUUGGCCUUCCUAAUUCCCUGAUGGAAAACCCUCCUCUAAUCAAUCCCCAACCCCUUCUAAAAGUAUUUAUAAAAGAAAAGCAAGAAGAUACAUAAAUAGAAAUUUCAUUUUAGAUCACAUUUAUAAAUGCAAGAGGCAAGAGAAGAAAACUACAGCCAUGACAUCAGUCAUGUUUCAUAAAGGACAUCUGGUUUCAUUUUAGACGUGCACGUGUGUGCUAUCUACUGAAGAUUUUUACACAACUGGACCUCAUGUAUCUGCCAUGCUCAGCUCUCGUUUGCUUUUCAAGGGGACUUUGGAUGGGUGUUCUCAGGGAGUACUUAAAGGGGACAGACUUCUUUUUCAAAGGCUACUUGGAAAAUACAUUGUGAGUAUAAUCUACAUAUGAUAUAAAAAGUAUUGGGGAAAUAAAGGUCCUAGUUAAGGAGGACACUUGGUUAUACUUGAUGUAUCACUUAAGAAAUGUUUGUGUGAUAAGGAAAUCCUUCUAAAGCAUGUGAAAUGGACAUAGGGACAUAAUAUAUAAAUAUUCCCAGAAUUUCCAGUUUGUGUUUUAACACAAGUCCAACAAAUCUAAAUGCAUACUUCUACUUGAGCAUAACUCAAGAAUUCAGUGAUGAUAAAUUAAAGGGCUUAUUUUCAGAACUCCAUUCUACUCUGCUAGGAAAAUUAACCUUCUCAGGAAAUAGUAUUUGAAGAGAAGAAAGUAAUACCAAACCAAACCUUUUUAAAAGUUACUUUAAUCAGUGUUACACUGAAACCAUAAAGAAUUCAUUCUAACAUCAUGUUGUUUUGUGAGACUACGUCAUUAGCUAGAGUGUGAUAGUGUAUUUGUGUGCAGUUGUUACCUUUCACCUGCUACAAGUACACAGUGCUCAGGGCACCAGGAGGGCCAGCUAGCACGCUGCAGGUCAUCCUUUAGUUUACCUGGUUUGUAUGACUGGGGUAAACUCCCAUCCCUCCCUCUUUGAAAGCAGCCCAAUCCAUGCUUUGGAAGUCCACUGAAAUAAAAACAUUUACAUUUAACUUUGCUCUAGUAUCACUUGUUUCCCAUUUCAAUGUACACCUCAGCUGAACUUUCUAGUAAUGUUUCCCAUUCAGAGUUCGACUUUUAAAGUGGUCGUUUAAGUGGCUUUCAGCAUAAAAUGAAUUAUCUCAGAAGAGAAAUUUUGUCAUCGAAAUGGUCAAAAGACUAACUGUAGUUCCUUUGGGAUCUGGGAGGCGUUGGAGUUUUUAGGGAGCUUAGGCUGUUGAGUUGUUGGCAGGAGCCCUGGGGCAGCCAGCACGGUUGAAGUCAGGAAGCCUGGCCCCUUGUCCUAUGUCGCCUAUGUGCUUCAGGCUCAGAUUCCAGGCUCCAGCUGAGCAGCGGGCCCCAGAGCGGUUGCCUCACUCUAAUCACCAGCUCAGUGAGCCAUUGGAGCCAACACUGGGCCGUCUUUGGACAUAUCCCUGGGAAAGGUGUGUGUUUCGGCCACAGUUGCUCCAGUGCUUUUGUGUCUAGUACUGAGUAUUUAUAAGUAGGCCUGAGGGAGCUAGGGUCAGCCAGGCUUUUCAAUAUGUGCCAGGCACACAGACUGCACCCCUCACUUGGUGGUGACUUAAAAGUAGUGUUUGCAAACAGUUCCUGGCAUACUUUAAUUCCUACUAGGUACUGUAAUGACAGUGAUAUUGGUAAGGAAAAGAGAGUAAAGCUACCACAUCCUAAGCUAGGUGAAUAGAAAAUGCUGCAUGUCAAAGUAAAACUUAGAAUCAUUGUGCCAUAUGCAUUUAGCUCACAUAAACCAAUACGAAUGGUCUGUCCCCAAGUCCAUCACUGAUUUGAUUUACUAGCCCCAAGCCCUUAAACAAUUCUUCCCUACUUUUUGCUUUAAGAAACACAGCAACAAUACCUUUGGGCAGCAAACCAGACCUGUGACAGGAUUUCUUCAACCUUAUCUUGCUUUCUUAGUUCUAUAUUAAGCGUUGAAUAUAUAUAUAUAAAAUCAUUUACUUGGGAAAGGCAAGGAGAACGCAAAUUAGGAAGGGAGAGAAGUGAGAAGUUAUUGCAAGGCUGAGGACCAAGGUACUUACAACCUAAAUGAAAGUAUUUUGAGAGCAGUAUUUAACAUGCUAAAGGUUGUAAGAAUUAUUUUGCAAAGAAGUUCGAAUUUUAAUCUGCUAGUUACAAGUUUUAAAAUGAAGCUAUAACACUGUCUCCCUAGCUGGCAGGUUUUGUUCUUAUUUUAUGUUUUGUGGAAGUUAUACUGGUCUUUUUCCCUCCAGGCCUAGUGAUGAGUCAGGAUAAGGGGCCAGUGGACUGAUGCCUAAACCACAUGAACUUUUACAUGCUUCAGCAGUUCGGGGAAGUCUAUUAGGAUGGUAGCUGCUAAAUGUUGCCUAUUAUUUUAUCAGGGAGUUGACUGGGUCUCUUGAAAUGACAUUAGCAUUUGCAUGCUCUGAUUGUUUAGUCAGAGGUGGCAGGGCAUUCAUGGCCUUUCCACCCGGUUCCUUGGUAGCCUUUAAACACGAUGGGUAGCCCUAGUUUCUAGAAGAUGAUUGUCAUUCCAUAUAGCACAUUGUGCCACUAGGAGAUUUUUCAUUCCAAGUCUUUGGACUUCAUAACAUUAGAAUUGUUUUUCCAUAAUUUCCAACAUUCCAUAAAUACUCGUCAAGACAAAGAAAAGCAAUGUGGAUCUUUAUUAUUUCCAUAUAAAUAACUUCAGUACCCAUGACUUCCUGCUUUAAUAUGGAGGAGAAGAAACUAGCUCCUUUGUAUGGUAACUCCAAAACUAAAAGAUUGUGCAAGUAUAAGGGGUUGACUGACUAUAUUUUGUAAGAUGCUAAUGCAUUUGUAUUUCUGUGCUGUUCUAAAGUUUACCUUUUUACUCAAUUAAUUAAAGAUAUAGAAACUAUAUAUUUAAAUCAUGUAAAUGGGACACUAUUUAGGGAUUUUUUCCGAUCUUCCAUCAGCUUCUCAGACACACAUAGUAUGCUGCUCAAAUUUUUUUGUGUGCAAUAUAAACAUUUGAACAUUUCAGUCAGGUAUUGAGCCAAAAAGGGUAACUGAAGUUUUUAUAAGCUUCUGUGCUUUGCUUGAAAUAUUAAUCAUUUAUAGCUGGAAAUAUAGGAUCAAGACGUAUGUGUUUCAGGCCACUUGAUCAUUGGUUCCUAAAUUUAGGAAACAUUUGAUUAAUGAGUUGGUGAAGGCAUUUAAUGGUUACAAAAAUAGUUUAAGUAUCUGAGAUUAAAGGCUUUCUAUAAACCCUUUCUAAGAAAAUUUAGCUUAGGAAUCUUAGAAAUUUUUUUCUGAGGAAAUUUAGCUGUGACACAUGUUUUGAUCAGAAGUGUAGUGUCUCUUUGCUCUAGUAGUUUUAUAAUUUGUACUAGUUCUUUGUUUCUUAAAAAUGUUAAAAUUAUAAAUCAUGUCUAAUCAUAGUGAAUUGUAAACCUUCUACUGUACUUUAAGAAAAAAUGAGAAUAAAAUUAUACCACUGUCUUGCA